AAAUGGGGGAAAAAAAUCCAUUCUGAUAUUAAUUUAUAAAAGAAGACCGCGAAAACAUGUUGAUAACCUUGAUUAUUACAUAUUUCAACGGUAUUGCAUUGAAUACAAUUUAUGAUAUUGUGGGUUUUUUUUUUAAUCCACUGGGCAAACGAACUACAAAAUGAAGUCACACGAACGUAACGGGUAUUCUUAUCUUCUUCUGAGGUAUGGCAGUUAUAAGAUUUGCAUAUUUGGUUUAUUAGUAUAAACACGUUGAAUAAAUUUUCAUACCGUAUUGUACGUAUUUUUUGUAGGCCUAAGAAACUAUUUAGAACGUUACCCUUUUUGGUCUAGUACCAGGGAAGUGUAGUUUGUGCCUGUCACAGCGGCGCUUUGCCUCGCUUAUUUGUCUGUCGUAAAUGCAACAAAAGCUUUACAUUAAAGAUACCGUGCUAUUAGAGUUCAUUAUAUCCUCAUUUUAUUUAGUGGAAAUAUUGGAAAACACAACAUCUCGAUAUAUUUAAUGAACAGGCACCUCUUUGAGUACCUCAUCGGUUGUAAGAGGCCCUGGCGAAAACGCGAUCCAAUUCAAAUUUCAAAACAAAACCCGGACUGUUGUUUUCAACAUGCAAGUGUGCAAGUGUACGUGCCAGUUCGUCGGUGGCCGCUGCACACCCGAGCGCGCUUAGGAAAAAAAAAAACACAAAUAGGAUGGACGCGGAGGUAAAGCACAAAUCUCCCCCCACCGCGAGCGUCGCGGGAUCGCUCAAGCUGCCGAAGAUCGAAGAUUUCGUCAUUUUAAAGCCAAUCAGCCGCGGCGCUUUUGGCAAAGUCUACCUUGCGCGGAAGAAAUGCAACGCCCGCUUGUAUGCGGUUAAGGCCAUGAAUAAAGCGGACAUGGUCGAUAAAAACAUGACGGGCCAAAUGAAGGCGGAGAGAGACGCCCUGGCUUUGAGCAAAAGUCCCUUCGUGGUUCACCUGUUUUAUUCUCUCCAGACAGCCGCCAAAAUUUACCUGGUGAUGGAGUACCUCAUUGGGGGAGAUGUCAAGUCUCUCCUUAAUAUUUGUGGAUAUUUUGACCAGGACAUGGCGAUCAAGUACAUCUCCGAGGUUGCCCUGGCGUUGGACUACCUCCACCGCCACGGCAUCAUCCACAGGGACUUAAAGCCGGACAACAUGCUCAUUUCCAACGAGGGCCACAUUAAGUUAACCGACUUUGGGCUUUCCAAGGUGAAGCUUGACAGAGAACUGAAACUUACGGACAUCCUCAACACCCCGUCCGUGUCCAAAACCACAAAUUUCUCCCGCACUCCUGGUCAAGUCAUGUCCUUAAUCACCUCGAUUGGUUUUAACACGCCUGUGGGGGGAAAUAAACGCCACUGCAGCACCUCGGCCGUCUCCUGCGGCAAAAUGAUGGCGAAGAAUAAGUCGUCGGGUUCCCCCUCCGCCAGGACAAAGGAGACCAUGAGCUCCCCGGCGCACCAACCCUGGAAGAAAGGGCCGCAGAGCUUCGUGUUCAGCGCGCACAACCUGGCUGUCGAUCUGACCCCCACGCUGAUGAAAACCAGGAAGCGCUUGGAGACCACCAGCGCCGGCAGCACCACCGACACCGAGGGAGGCGUCAGCCCGCUCUGGGAGUGCGAGGAGAAGGAAAAUGAGCAGAACCAACAGAAGGCAGGAGCACAUUUGAAGUCCCACCCGAAGCCCCCCGAAAGUGCUCGUCGAACCCCGCCGGCGUCCGUCAAGCGGCCCUUUUCCGAAGUGCAGGUGAGCCCGGAGGCCGCCGAAAGCCUCGCCAAGAAGAGCUCGGAGCACUACAGGCCACGCCGCCCAAACGCCGGCACCGGCCUCACCGGAGCCUUCUCCGACGUGGUCAUCGGCGAGGAGACGGGCCCCCUGCACUCCAGUCCCGACGUCGUGGCCAAGAGUCUCUUUCCCCAAAUGGAAAAAUGGCCAGAGGCGGAGGAGGAGCGCUUGGAGCGCAAGGACUCGUCAGAUUCCAGCUACGCGUCACCACUCGGCGGCAGCAUCUGUCGCAGUCUGAGUCUGGAUUCUGACGCGUCGGGCGCGUCUCCGACCGCGGACGGGAGUCCCGAAAGGAGCGCCUCGGCUUCGCCCGAGGAGCGCUCCGCGGGAACGCCGGCGUGGUCCUUCCUGCGGCCCAAGAACGCGGUGGCGUUCCGGAGCUACUGCAGCUCCAUCAACCGCUCCAACGUGUCCCGGCUCAGCGCGGGCUCGGCCCUGGACGUGUCCACGCCCGCCGUCUCCCUCGCCACGCCGGUCCAGAGGAAGACCAGCUCCGGCAGCUCGCUCUACCAGACUCCUCAGGCCGUGUCCACCUCACACACCCCCUUCCGGACGCCCAAGAGCGUGCGGCGGGGGGCGCUGCCCGUGGAGGGGGGGCCCAUUUUAGGGACCCCCGACUAUCUGGCCCCGGAGCUGCUUUUGCAGACGCCUCACGGGAAGCGUCAGUGCGACUGCAUGGUGGACUGGUGGGCGCUGGGCGUGUGUCUGUUCGAGUUCCUGACCGGCGUGCCGCCCUUCAACGACGAGACGCCGCAGCUCGUCUUCCAGAAUAUUCUAAACAGAGACAUCCCCUGGCCCGAAGGAGAGGAGGCGCUGUCGGUCAACGCCAGGAACACCGUCAACAUCCUCCUGACCGUGGACAAGACCAAGCGGGCGGGAUUCAAAGAGCUCAAGCGCCACCCGCUGUUGGAGGGCUGCGACUGGGAGAACCUCCACACGCAGCCGAUGCCGUUCAUCCCGCAGCCCGAAGACGAGACGGACACGUCCUACUUCGAGGCCCGCAACAGCGCGCAGAAAAUCGUUUUGUCCGCCUUCAGUUUCUAGCCCGGCGACGCGUCCCGUCGCCGUCGUUUAAAUGCAGUUACUGAACUCCAAACAAAAAAAAAAAAAAUUGUGCAAUCACUACUAUUUUAUUUUUAUGCCAUGGAGCUCUUAAGGUUCCUUUUAUUAGCUUCCCGUUGAUUUUGUUUUCCUUUGGCGUAGAAAUGCGGCACUUCCUGCUCGACUGUUAAUGCAUUUCUGCAGUUCUGUUUUAUGUGUCAAAUGUACUUAUAAAUAUGGUUCAAAUGCUGCUGAGUUUUAUGUCCAGUUCAAAGUUUGAAUGUUUCCCAUGAUAGAGAAAAG